AUGUCGGUCAAGAAGGCUCAGAACUACGUCCACGUGACCAUUGCCACUCUCAACGCGAAGGGAUCCUUUUUUGCCGACGACGAAGGAAACGGAUUCCACAUUAAUGGAGUCAAAGUCUCGAUGGGAUCCGCCGUCUUCUGCGGAAAAGUUCUUGGAACACAGGAAGUCGAGAGUGGCAACGCAAAUGCUCUCGGAAUCUGCUUGGACGAUGGAACCGGAGUGCAUCUUUUCAACGAUGUCAUUCGAGCUGUCCCGGUCAAGAAGGGAGACUACAUCAAGAUUUUCGGCGCUAUCAAGCCUUCCAAAGAUGACAAGAACAAGGCUUCAGUAAUCGUCCACGUGAUCCGAAAGAUCGAGAAGAAUCCCGGCUCCGUGCUGAGCUGCUUCAUGCUCGAGGCGAUUUACACCGUCGCUCAGGUAAUGGGCAAUGGCACCAACAAGGAAAACGUUCCAAUCGACAAGGCGCCAAACGCAGUUGCUUCGACGAACGAUUUCGUGCGCGAAGGAAUGGACUCCCAGCAGAGCAAAGUCCUCGGCAUCGUGAUCAAGAACGAGACAGAGCAGGGCGCCCAGUGUCCAAAGGACUUUUCAAUGCUUGGAAUCAAGGAGGAGAAACUCCGCGAAAUUCUCGACCAGCUUGCUGAUGAUGGACAUAUCUACAGCACCAUCGACGAAGACCACUACAAGUCGACUUAG